AUGCAGAUCUCAACCGCCUUGAUCAGCCUCGGCCUUAUGGCCAGCGCCGUCGUCGCUGCUCCUCACAGAAUGAAGACUCGCGGCCCCGGUGGUGAAGUUGUUGUUUACUGGGGCCAGAACGCAGCCGCAGCCAGUGAAAAUAACGACCUGUCGACCUACUGCACAUCCAGCUCCGGUAUCGACAUUGUUGUCCUUGCUUUCCUUUACGAGUACGGAAAUGGCAUUACGAUCCCCUCCGGUGUCAUUGGAGAGGACUGCUCUAUUAGCACCAGCGGCGAAGGUACCAACUGUGACUCCCUCGCUAGUCAGAUUUCUACUUGCCAGUCCAAUGGUGUCAAGGUUAUCCUGUCUCUUGGAGGUGCUGUUGGUGCCUACUCUCUCACUUCCCAAACCGAAGCCGAGGAAAUCGGUCAGAACCUUUGGGACGCGUAUGGAAACACUUCUGGUGGCAGCGUUCCUCGUCCGUUCGGGUCCGUUUAUGUGAAUGGCUGGGACUUUGAUAUCGAAGCCAACAGCGGUAACCAGUACUACCAGUACCUAAUCUCCAAGCUUCGCUCCAAUUUUGCCUCCGACUCGGCCCACACAUACUACAUUACCGGUGCUCCCCAAUGCCCUAUCCCCGAGCCUAACAUGGGUGAGAUUAUUACCGCUGCUCAGUUCGAUUAUCUCUGGAUCCAGUUCUACAACAAUGCCUAUUGCUCGUAUCCCAACACCCUCAACUACGAUGACUGGAUUUCGUACGUCGCCGGUACUCCUUCCGCCAAUGCCAAACUCGUCAUCGGUGUUCCAGCCUCCGAGCUUGGAUCUACUGGAACCUCGAGCGGUGCCGCCUACUACCAGUCUCCCAGUGCUCUGGCCAGCACUGUCGCUUCCUUUGACACCAGCUCUAACUGGGGCGGUAUCAUGAUGUGGGACGCUGCUUUCUCUGAUGCCAACGUGGUUAAUGGAUGCAACUACGCUCAACAGGCCGCCAGUAUCUUGAGCACUGGCUCUCCUUGCGGUGGAACUGGUACCACUACCACCUCUCCCACUCCUACCACCACUUCCACUUCCACCACUACUGCUACUUCUACUGCUACCGCCACUGGUACCCCGGUGGCCCAGUGGGGACAGUGUGGAGGUGAAGGUUAUACCGGAUCGACCGUUUGCGCUUCCCCUUACAAAUGUGUCGAGGAAAGCAUCUACUGGUCUUCGUGCCAGUAA